GCACUGGUCAUGGGGCGAGUGGCGGCAGCUGGGGCCCUGCUGGUGGCACUGUUGGUGCUGGGAGCCUCCUCAGGUGCAGACGCGGAGCUCUCGGGAGUGUUCCAGGAGAUGGUUAAGUCCGAGUGUCACUUCAUUAACGGCACCCAGCGGGUGAGGUUCGUGAAGAGGUUCAUCUACAACCGGGAGCAGUACGUGCACUUCGACAGCGACGUGGGGCACUUUGUAGGGGACACCCCGUAUGGGGAGAAGGUUGCCAGGUACUGGAACAGCAACCCGGAAUGGAUGGAGCACAGACGGGCUGCGGUGGACAGGCACUGCCGGCACAACUACGAGUUGUCCACUUCGUUCCUCGUGGAGCGCAGAGUGCCCCCCAGUGUGUCCAUCUCGCUGGUGCCCUCAAGCUCCCAGCCCGGCCCUGGCCACCUGCUCUGCUCUGUGAUGGAUUUCUACCCUGCUCACAUCCAAGUGAGGUGGUUCCAGGGCCAGCAGGAGCUCUCUGUAGUGGCCACCGAUGUGGUCCCCAAUGGGGACUGGACCCACCAGCUCCUGGUGCUGCUGGAAACCACCCCCCGGCGUGGGCUCACCUACACCUGCCAGGUGGAGCACAUCAGCCUGGAGCACCCCCUGAGCCGGCACUGGGAGAUGCCACUGGACACCACCCGCAGCAAGAUGCUGACAGGGAUUGGGGGCUUCGUGUUGGGCUUUGUCAUCCUGGUGCUGGGGCUCGGCUUCUACCUGCGCAAGAAGGUCAGGGGGGUCCUGGGGAUCAUGUCCCCUGUCCCCAGGAGCGUGUGUGCUCCCCCUGGGGCCCCUAGCCCGCUGUCACCCCCUUUUCUCUGCCCACACAGCUCCUGAGCCACCGGCAGCCGCAGCCACUCCCUGUGGUCUCGGGCCCGGCCGGGACCCCCCGCUCCAUCCCCGUGCUGAUUUUGGGGGGGUCGUGUGUCCCCCCAGCCCUGCUGUCACUCUGCCCUGCCCGCCUGCUUUCAGUGUUCCCAAUAAAGUUUCC